UUCUCAUUUUACAUUCAGUCGGAUACAUUAAUUGGCCCGGUGCAGAUCGGCCGAUCGUCGUCCCCCGGUUUUUUCCCAUUUAGUAGCAGAGCAGCAUCACCGCAUCCGCCUCACAAAAUUCUUCCUUCCCAAACGUUUGUGUGACAUUCGGUUGUAUUGUGUGUGUAGUAGUAUACCUUGAAGUGAAGUUUGUUGCGGGGUUUUUUGCGGUAAACCCAACAGAGAGCAUCGAUCAAGCGGAAGGACAGACAAUGCGACAGCUAUUGCUGAUCUGUGCGCUGGCCUGUGCCGUCGGCGGUGUGCUAAGUGCUUCGUUGACGCGCGUCGGCCGCGAGAAUGAGCAGGUGGCCGAGCAGGUCGCAGUGGUCCCGCAGGCCGAGGACGUGCAGGUGGCCGAGCCGGCCGAGCUGAAGCGCGCGGAGAUUCCGGUCGCCGUCGAGGAAGCGGCCGCUCCGGUAGAGAAGACGGUCGAGCCGGUCGAGUCCGAGCGGCUGGCCGAGCCGGUGGCCGACGUGGCCGAACCGGUGGCCGUCGUCGCCGAUGCCGUUGCCGAUGCUGCCGUCCCGGAGGCUGCGGUCGUGCAGGCCGUCGAGGAGGCCGUGGUGGCCGCCGAACAGCAGCAGGCAAAGCUCGCCGUCGAGGAGGCUGCUCCGGCGGUCGCCGAGCAGGAGCCGGCGGCCGUUGAGUCGCUGCGCACCGUUGAGACCGUGCCGGAGGUGGCCGAGCCCGUCGUUGCGGUGGUGGAGAACGCUGCCGCACCGGUCGAGGAGUCGGUGCAGGUCGUCGAGCCGGUUGAGUCGCUGCGCAGUGUCGCUCCGGUGGCGGAGGUGGCCGAGCCCGUCGCGGUCGUUGUCGCUGAGGAGGAAAAGAAGCCCGAAGUGGAGGUCCCCGCUGUGCCCGCCGUCAAGACCGUCGCUGAGGUGAUCCUGGACAAGGCUGAGGAGAAGGUGGUUGCUGUUGAGGAGCCAGCGGCGGUGAAGGAAACGGAAGUGGCCCCGGUUGAGUCGCUCAAGUCGGUCGAGCCGGUGGUUGAGGUGGCCGAGCCGGUCGCUGUGGUGGUCCCGAUCGCUGAGGUGGCCGAGAAGCAGGUGGCCGUGGAACAGGUGGUGCCGCAGCUCAAGUCCGUCCUGCCCGUCGUUGCGGUCGAAGAAUCCGUUAAGGUCGUCCCGGAGGUCGUCGUCGCCGAGGAGAAGCCGGAAGUGGCCGCCGUUGAGCAGGAAGUGGCCCCGGUCGAGUCGCUGCGCACUGUUGCCGUCCCGGAGGUUGCCGAGGCGGUCGAGAAGGUCGUUCCCGAGGUUGUUGCUGUGGUCGAGCCGGUGGAGGAGAAGGUUGUCGCUCCGGUUGAGUCGCUCCGUUCGGUCGCCCCGGUCGUGCCGGUGGAAGAGCCCGCCGCUGUCGAUGUGGUCGCCGUUGCCGCCGAGGAAAAGGUUGUGGAAGCCGUCGAGGAGAAGGUCGUCGCUCCGGUUGAGUCGCUCCGCCAGGCUGCCCCCGUUGAGACUGUAAACGAGCCGGUCGCGGUCGUGCUGGAGGAGGCCAAGAAGGAGCAGGUUGCUGCCGUCGCCGAGCCGGAAGCCGCCGUUGCGCCCGCCGUCAAGGCCGUCGUCGUGCCGGAAGUGGUGGAGAACGUGGAGAAGCAGGAAGCUCCGGUUGCGGUGGAGGAGCCGGCCGGUGUCGUCAAGUCCGUCCCGAUCGCUGAGGAUCUCGUGCCGGUGAAGGAGGUGGAGGCGGAGCCGCACCAGGCGCUGCGCGGUAACGAGGUGCGCCAGGAGACCGGCGGCAGCUCGACCACCCGCCCCAACCUGCUGCAGCAGAUCAUCCAGCCGGUGCAGGGCUUCAUCCAGGCGACCCCGCUCGGCCAGGUGCUGAACCGCCCGUCCAACACGCCCGCCGCUGCCCCUGCCGCCGAGAACGGUGCCGAGGUGGCCCAGGAUGAGGCGGCCCCGGCCCCGACGACUGGCGCUCCCAAUCUGGUCCAGCAGCUCGCCCAGAACGUGCAGAACUUCUUCAACCCGAACGCGGCCAACGCCAACGCGGAGGCAGAGUCCACCACCCGUCCCAACAUCAUCCAGCAGGUGCAGAAUGCGGUCGGCUCGGUGUUCAACCGACCGGCGACCAACUCGGAGCAGCAGCAGCAGCAGCAGCCGAACCCGAUCCAGAACAUCGUGCAGGGCGUGCAGAACUUCUUCCGGCCAAGCACGGCUGCCCCGGCCACCCAGUCCGAGGGUGCGGCCAACGCACCCGCCGAUACGCCCCAGGACACGCCAGCCGCUUAAGCCACAAACACAACAUAACACUCACGCACACACACACAAAAGCCAUAUUCAGACACGCAAAAAAGAACGCUAGAGCGAGAGGGAGGGAGAGAUGCACAGUGCACAAGUGAGCGCGGGGCAAGGCGCGUCAAGUGUUGAUUCCUUUCUUUUUCUAAGGAAUGUAACUACUUGCACUGCACCCCGUCCCCUGAGUAGGGGUUCGUCGCUUCCCUUUUUAAGACUUUUCUUUUUUUCCAUUUUAAAACGCAACAAAACAGCAGCAUAAGAACGCCGUUCGAAGAAAACUGCAAAAA